AUGCCAAGUGCUUCAUCGCAAUCUUCCAUGCAGAUCUCAGCGCAGAUGGAGAACAACGACGCUACCAAAGCUGUCCUGAAUGUCUUGGAAAAGAAAGUCCGUAAUCUUGAAAAACGGAAGGUGAGUUAACGCACAUUUGAGGCGAGCGAUCGAACACGAUCCACCGACGGUUCGACCACGCCAUGAUGGUUGAGUUUUUGACAUGUGUUUCUCGCCGCUGAGACAUUGUUUCUGUUCGCAGGGAAAGCUUGAUUCGUACAAGAAGCUGGUGGACGAGGGGCAAACACUAAAUGACGAUCAGAAGGUGCGUUUUGAAAUGGCUAAUUUUUUGCGCAACUUUUUAAACGUGGCGGAAAAUGAGUAGGUUUAGUAAAAGCGAAGAGUUUCUUCUUUCAAACGCAUUUGUCCGGUUCUUUAACAGACGUAUCACCCUACCUGUUUUUCCCAGUGUCAUUUAUACAGUUAAACUUAAUCUGUUUCAUAGAAGUGCUAUUUAUUAUUAGAUACCGUUUGUUGAAGACGAGAUUCGUUCUUGAAUAUGAUGUUGUAUCGUGUGACGUGAAAUCACCUUCUCUUUACGCAAUUUCGUGAUCGUUUAAAUUCACUAUUUAACUUAAAAUGUUCUUCUUGGUUAGGAAAAUUUCUUAUAUUUAGUAGACAGCUGUCAGGGUUGUCAUGCUUCAUUGAAAUUAAUAGAUAAUUGUGCAGUACAAAUGUAGUCUACGAACGUUUAUUUUUUGAUUGGGGCCCAGGCCUUUAAAUAAUUUCCUGGAAACCGGUUAUUCUGUCAACAAAACAAAACAAUACAAAGUACUACAAAAUUCAGAAAAACAUAGAAUUUAAAGUGUUAUGAGAAUAUUUAAUUUUUAUUGUGAAAAAUAUGAAGCAAAACAAGUACAAUGUUAACUGUGCCAUAGCAGUGAUCUUUUGGAAAUUAUAUGACCUGUUUGGUCUCUUACCAUAGCAUAAUAAGUUGAAAAUAACUGAGCUUAACAUCGCAAAUAUUGAUUGGUUCCAUUUCAACUUCAAAUUGCGAUCCUUAAUUCAACUGAUUAUGUCAGGAUGGUAGGCGACAAAAACUGUUACAAUGAAAGUUAUGUAUUUACAUUCGGCCGAGCUAAAAAAUGCAGUGACAGUGACACAGAAUGGAAGUACUUUCCUACUGGUAUGAAUGCACGUGAGCCAUUAUGGUGUUAAUUGACUCUAUUGUGGUUAGGUGGAUAAGGUUUUGACAGUUGUAAUGCAGUCAUCUCAGUUCUCAAACUUUCAACUUUUUACUUUAUUUUGUUUUAUCUUAUUUUAUUUAUUUACUGAUUGUUUUUUACCUUUAACCCCCAGUGGUUGUGCGACUGCAUCAGUUGGGGGAUAUGUUCCCAUUUUUUAAAUUCCCAUUGGGUUUGUGGGUUUUUGUAUCAGGCAGCGCACAUGACCAGUUAAGCCUGAGUGAUUUUAUUUUGGAUUAUUUGUAUAUUGUUCUCUUAAAUGUGACAUUAAACUUUCUAUGGUAUUUGGACAACAGUAAGCACUCAGGCUCACAGUUUGAGGUGCACACCCAUUCCCAUGUCUCAGUCGUGAAUAUAAAUAGGAACACUUGAAAUUUCCAGUUUCCCCUACUGGAAUUAAUGCUAUGUACCCUUUGUUUUAAUGCAUCUAUCAUAGGGGCACUUUUUUUGGGGGGGGGGACGUGCAUGCCCUAAUUCAAAUUUCAAAGCCUACCAUUUUAUGCAUUGAGGGGGAAGCCAUAUUCCCAGUCAGUAUUCUGUUAUUGUAUUUGAACAUAUCAAUGUGGCAAUUUCAAUCCAUCUUUGUGUCAUUUGUCACCAUAUAUCUCUAAUACUGCUUUUUUCAAGGCUAUUUCACCUGUUGGAAUUUUACCCUGUGAACAGGGACUCAUCAUAGUCUUUCACCUAUGAUUUUCUUUGUGUGAAAAUUAAUAGUUUGUGAGUCACUCGUAUAGAAGUGAUAAAAAAUUGCCACUCAAGACAGAGAUGGAUUUUCAGUAAACAGCUGUUGGAAGGCUUAAGUUAAGGAAAAAAGAAUGUUGCCUUGAAUAUAAGCCUACUUUCUGGCAUCAGUGGAUUCGUAUACAAAGUAAACCUCACUAUUACAGGCACUUCACACUUCAUUUUGAACUGUGUGCUGGCUUUUAUUACCACAAUAAUAUUGAGUCUAUGCAGAGUACCAUCUUUGAGUCAGUUAUUUAUAAAUGAGUGACCUUUUAGUGUUUCCAUGGAUACAAUUCACAGGCUUUGUGGACGUUAGAGGUGUUAAGUUGGACAAUGUGGAUGUCCUUUUUUUUAGCAUUAUUCUUACAACAUGACCUACCUGCUUAAUGCUGAUACCCCGUUAAUACAGACAGUUCUCUGAUCCCCUUACGUACUAUGGGUUUGACUGUACAAAGAUCUUGCAUGGAGAACUUAAUUUUCCCUUGCCUUUGUUUGUUGUAGCUUGCAGUUGGCCAACUGACACAAGUAGAACAGAACCUUGAGUUUGCUAGAGAUCUACAAAAGAACAUUACUCAGAUCUACAGUGAAGUAAGUGAUAACAGGGUUCUUAAUUUAAUAAGUUGUUAUAAAUCAAUCAGUGUUUCCACGAUACAUCACUUAAUUAUCAGGACAUUGGUUGAGUUCCCUUUGUUGAUUUUCCUGAUUUGUCCCCAGUCAUCUUGCAGGAUUUGGGAUGUCUAUGAUUUCCACUUUUUUUAUUAGUCAGCAAAAUCUGGGACUGUAAGGAAACAGUAAAAUCCCAUCUGGGAUUUUCCGACACAUGAGUACCAGGUUUAAAGAGAAAAUACUUGUUUCAAAAUGAAACCAACCGCAAAAGACUUCAUAUGGAAAUAAGUGUCAUCUGUACACCAAAAAGACUUCACACUUGACGCUCAGGACAAGAUGUAAAAUAAUGGCCUGUUGUGCUUCCUUGUCCAAGACUGAUGCAGUGCUGAAAACAAGAUAGAGAAGUGCAAAGAUUAACAUAAUCUUAUUUAUUGCCUUCUUCAUCUGCAGCAUCAAAAGCUUCAAAAGAAGAAUGCUAAGCGAGAUCAGGCUGCACAGCUCGCAGCACAGCGUGAAGGAGAUAUCUCUAAGGUGUGUCAGGUACUGGAACUGCAGGCGUUGAUGGACAACUUGUCAGAGGAUGUGCGGGCAGACUUUUUAAAUGGUAGCAAUGGUGCUGUGGUAAGUUUUUUAUAGUAACUUGGUUAAAACAGUACCUCUUAAAAGUAUGUUGACAAUCUUGACCUUGAGACUUGAAACUCAAUUCUUGCGUCUCGAAACUGGAAAGAAAUGUUCAUGUUUCAAGACGUGAGAAUUGAGUUUUGAGAAACUUGCAUUCUGAAUAUUUAUCACUUGAAACGGUUUAGAGAAAUGAUUUAUUUCUUGAGAAAAAUAACAAUAGCCAUUCCCACAUAGAGCAACAAUUCUCAUCUACUGUCAGCUCUUUGACAUGUACAUGUCGUGCGUAAGUUUUUUAGGUUACAAAAAAAAGGACCAGUGGCAGGUUUUUUAAACUUGAAUUUCGAAUAGUCAAGUCGCUGUAUUUUUAUAUGAAUUCUAUCUUAAGAAUUAUGAGAGCUGUUUGAUUGUUAGCGCAUAUUUUGUAACAGUAUGUAAGCUCAAUUGCGUUUGUCACGACAGCUUAGAUAAAAUGCCCCCUUGCAGCUAGCCAUUCGCUUGGCACAAAACCGCCAUGCUGGAGAGCAAAAGUUGCACUGGGACAAGACAAACAACAGACGUAUAUAAUUUUACAUGGUCAUUUCCAUUGUUUGUCUUGCCCUAGUGUGACUUUUGCUAUCCAGCAACACAAAUGGCCAGCUGCAAAGGGCCCAUUAAGCCUACUGAGAAAUAUGAUCUUGAAGUUUAUGAUAGCUGCUGUGAAUCUUUUUAGAAAACUGCCAUUUAUUUUUGCAAGCCGUUCAAAAAAAACUACAAAACGUGUAGCAAAAUUAGAAAGGUAAAGUUAAAGCUGUAAAAAGGAUGUAAGAAAUCUCCAACUGUACCUAUUUGCAGUGAGAUAGAAAAUGCUAACAUGUGAGGAAAAUUUGCAUAAUGUCACCUGUAAUUUGAAACCUCUUGCUUAAGCACGCAAGUUGCAACUUUUAAAUUCAUACAACAGCGAUGAAAUAUUUCAAAAAACAAAAGUCACAAUUACUGAAGGCUUCUCAAGCCCUAGCAUUUCACAGUAACAAUCCUUUCCGGUACGGUGUUGUUACCGUGAUCUUAAAAUAAAGGAACCAAUAGUUUCACAGUGACAUAUUCUAAUGUAUUAUAGUUUUUUUUCCACUUGGAUUCUUAACUAGUAGAGCAAUUCUUAAUUAUUCACCAUCUUGAGUUGUUCCCAAAAGGCAUUGCACGUUACUGAUGACUCGCACAUGAAAGAUGUUUUGCAGUUAAAAACGAGAAAAAAAAUAUGACUCCAAAAGUUUAAAAACAUAUAGGUGGUCUUCUAGUGACAAUUUCACUGUUGAAACUGAUGCUGGGGCCCAGAACUCUUUAUAUAAAAAGACAAUACAGUGCUCCAUGUUCAACUUUUUCCAAAGGUGCCUUUUGGUAACCUGAAAUUAAAAGGUGGUUGCCAGACGUAAAAUAACACUACAUGAAUAUUUGAAAGAAUCAAAAUGGCUGCCCAACCAUCGCAAUCGAAUUUCAGGUACACGUGACAUCUCGAGGCUUAAUAUCCAGAGAACCAGCCUGGGCAAAAUCUAGGCAAAUUAUAAAGAGAGCAGAGCAUAAAUGAUAUUUAAUACAAAUGUCUAUCCUUAUCUUUAAAACACUAACUACUAGAAAAACUAGAAUAGCUUGCCACAUGAUAGCUGAACUCAGGUCGCCAAAUUGGCGACUUUCACUCCAAUUUUAGUCGCCAAAAUUUUUUUCUACUCGCCAUGGAGACCAAAAUGGUUGCAGCUUGGAGCACUGCAAUAGAUCUGUAGCAAACAUUUCAAGUGAGUAUACUUCUUUAGUUGGAUGGAAGAGGAGUCUGGAGUUUUUGACACUUUAAUGCUCACCCAUUUAACACUUAACUUGACCUUCUUCUGACAUUUUAAUAGACAUUGACGUUUUUGUAAAUAAUAGUACACACUGAUGUUCUUUAAUUUAAAACUAUGUUUAACAACAUGUUUUUGUACAUUAAAAGAAAUAAAAGUGGGUACCCUUGAAUUUUAAUGGAACCAAAAAAAUUGUUACUGAUGCUUGAUGAUGAUCUCUGGGUAAGGAACCAAAAAAUUGGUAAUCCAUGGGAUUUGAAAUCCUAGGGCUUGCUUCUCCAAGGGUAUUUCAUUUGUGGUCAGUUGCAGACAGGAAACUUGGAACUGCUCUGCAGCGGAAUUUGCAAUAAUAAUUAUAAGGCUUAUUUGUUUACUUUUUGUUGAUUGGCGGUAAUUUUAAGCUAGGUGCUGAUGGUAAAAAGGUUACGUUUUCAUUUCAAAAGUGCAGAACAAGUGGGGAAUUUUGUCAGCCGUUCAACCAGCCCUUUGCGCACGGAUACUUUUCGAAAGCACAAACUUUGUUUUACGGAAUUAGCGAGGAUGGCAAAAGCCAUUUGUGACAAUCCACAGUAACAGAUGCGGUCUGUUUGAUGAAUUUGUUGUUUCAAAGAUCAGUCAAGUGACAAGCCCAUUGUACAGUACUUCUCGAGUGUCCAGGAUCGAGACGCGAGUGACUGUCAACUUACUUUUGAGCAGUACUGUAGUUAUCCAAAGCUCAGCCAACCUCUGAACUGCCCUGUUGAGAACCAACAAUAGCCCAAUUUUAAUGAUGGCAUCUGUUUAGUACAAUGACCAGAAGCCAUUUUGUUUUUCUUUUAUAUUUAAAUUUGGUAAUCCCAGUGAGGUUUUAAUGACAAAAACCGCAAAAACCCUAACCCUAGAAAGAAAACUCUGAAGGAUUCUGGUAGUACUAGUAAAUUGAUGCCAUCGUGCAAAUGGCCUAUUUGAAUGUCAGAAUAUUUUAAAGCAAUUUUGAUAAUCUCGUUAAUGGUUAUUAAGGACAAAUUCUAAGCAUUUACUGAUGACGUGUAAAAAUGUUGCAAUGAAUUUUUCUUGUCCUUACUGUAGAUUCACAUGAGUGUGUUAUGUUCCUUCGAACCCAUCUUGAAUUUUCUUGCAUUGCAUCUGUCCACAUCCCACAUGCUGCUAAUUUGUAUUUCAUCCAGUGUAACUACCGCCACCUUACCUGAUUAAGUUUACAAAUUAGGUGGGAUCGCACUAGGUCCCUAAGUGCACUUGAUUUCUGGUGUACUUGAAAAGCACUUAAAGACGUGCACUGUAGUGCUCUCUGUUUCUUUCAUGAGUCAUGAGGUUGACUCAUCUUGUAAAUUAUGACUGCUUGUUACUGCAGGUGGACAUGAAAAACUGGCUUGAAUGGGUUGAAAAACGGAAUUCAUUCAAUGAAUGACAGAACAGGGAGAUCACUUGUUGUGGAACAUAGGUCAUUUGUUUCCACAGCGAAGUCUUAACAUUUACAUUAAAGUUGUGUCUGCAGCAGAGAAAGUCGUGUCCGACAGCCCGGGGCUAGUGGAUUUUGCGAUUGGGCUAGUGAAAUCUGUGCUUAACUCGCCCGACGGGCAAGUGAAGAUUUUUCGGAGAAGUAAAAUUACAGAAGUACUGUAAAACUAAAAAUGUGUUAAAUUCCUGAGGACCGAAAGUCACUCCAACAAAGUGAAAUCUGCAUAAACAAGACGAAGUAUCGCAUUACAUGUCAGACAUGACAUAUUGAGAUCCCGCGCGUAAAGGAAAACCAGAUAUUGAAAAAACUUUGAACGUAAAUGUUGCCUGUGAAUUCUUACUGAUUCAGAGAACGCUGUUUGUCUAAAUUUUGCUUCAUAAUCAUUUGUAAGGAACCUAAAAGGUUUUGAUCCUGAAGUCCUCUGAGGAAUUUAUUAUGGUUUUAGCAAAUAUUGGUCACGUGCGUUUCAGUAUGGUAAAUUCUAAACACUGAUACUGUGGGUGUUUGUUGCUGAUUAAAACAUAUAGCCCACCUCGUAUUGUUUUCACUUUUCACGAAAAUCUUUUAGAUGAAAAGUUGCCAGAAAUAAAACGAACAUUUUUGUUCUUUUGAAACCUUAAACCUUUGGUUAGUUGUUACAAGAUGAAUUACAAAUUUGCGUUAUUUUUGUUCCCAUGAUAUUUGCUCACUGAUGCGUGACUUGGCACUUGCAUUUUCCACUUUCCCGUGAACUUGAAACUUGACGCAGAAAACCGACUCCCAAACAAACCUUCUUCAGAAAAAUAAUCUUCUGAAUGCACUACUUUAGAAUGAGAAGCAAACUGAUGAAAGCUAUCAGAUUUUUAUGCCUUUAAUAAUAUAAACAUCUCCCCUGUCAGCGGCUAAGAAAUACUCCCAUGGGAAAUUGCGCGGCAAAUUGCAGAAUGAAGUGCUUUCACUGGCAGCUUUUCGUUUUGUCUACGUUGUCGUUUAGUGUGUUCAUUGAGAACUUUGGUUUCACGGUUUCAACGCCGUUUUUUUCUUAAAAAAUGUUUUUCUAAAUUGUAAAAUGUCUAAAAUGCAUGUUAAUCAUUCACGUGUUGUGGUGGACUUAGAAAAAAUUCUACAGUGUGGCAGCACCGGGAGCAAAACAGCAAAACUAGAUCAAACUAGUUGAAGACAUUGGGAGUGAAUAUUGCGUUGAACUCAAAGGGUUACAGAAGAUUGAGUAUUUGGACAUUUUCACAAGAGGUUAACCAAUAAUAUGUAGUUUUUAGCAUUGUGUUAUUUGUUAUUUGGACCUUCAUUCCGUUAGCUUCACUUAAAUUCCUUAUUUCAUCAUUCAAGACAAAGGCAUUUAUAAUCAAAAGGUUAACACCGAAUUAUUGUAAUAGUGUGUCAAGAGUAUCUUACCAGGUCUACUUAUAGUGCACACUUUUACGGUUAUUUAUUGCUUUUGUUAAAUAACUACAGCUGAUUGUAAUGAAGAAAUGAAGCCAGUAAUUUAUUAACUUUCAGUGUAAUUAAGAAAGGAAUAAUUAAUUAACAUUUUUUCUUUCUGCUCUCGAAAAAAAUUUUCGGGCUAGUAAAAAUGACUUUCGGGCUAGUAGAUGUUAGGGCAAGCUGUAAAAUUGACUUUCUUUGCACCCUGGUCUGUCAAAUAAAAAGGGAAUCAUUAAAUUUCCUAAACAGCUCUUGAAUCAGAACUGAGAAAACCUACCUAUAUUUUGUGGAGAUUAGUAUCCUCAUUCAUCAUUUCUUGCUUGGUCACUUUGAGAGAGUGAAAGUUGCGGCUCAAGAUCAUCAGAUUGACUCUGAUAAUAAGCUUCCAUUGCUUUGAUUCGAUAAGUGUAAUCUCAAUUUUACUGGAGAGUGUACUUCAGCCCUUAGAGGUUUUGAAGUUUCUGUGGCAACUAGGUACGACUAGUCAAGGCAAACAGGACGCAUUCACACACAAGUUAGUCUUAAGUGCACUUCAAAACCCACCAAUUACAGCAAAGUGAUAGUAAUAUCUAACAGAUAUUUUGGCAUAUUCUUCAUUUUGAUCACUGCUGUUUUUGUAUAAUAUUUGCAAGCACAAAAAUUUUGAUUAUUCAUUACGUGUAUCACAGUAAACUGUUAAUUCAUUGUAAGUUUCUUUCUUACCCUGGCAGUCAUUUUUGCUCAGACAUGGCAAACAAAAACAUGUAUUAGUUUUAUCAGAUGUUAUUAUUAAUGAUCCAUCAGUGGGAACAGCUGAUUUUAUCCUGAUGACGUACUAAGAAAUCUUGACUGAUUACUGACCUCUUUUUGUUUUUGUGUCUCUUCGUUUGAGACUUUUGGUUAAGAGGUUUACUAUUUCCAUGCAAUAAAAAAAGUACAUGUGCAUUUCUUUUUUGUAGGUCGUGUCUGAGGAAAGUUUUGUCCAGAUUGACGGGUUUUACAAACUGAUCACCCCAAAUGCAGAGGAAGAGAAGCCAAUUAAGGAACAGCAGUUAUUAGCCAGCCAACAUAUUGUAAAGUUUUUGGAGGCCAGCCCUGAACCUGUUGUAGAAACAACCUGUAUCUUUUUGUAUGUCGAGUAACGUUCAAAAUUAGUUGAGAUCUGUAAAGGGUACAGGUAAAGCAGGUGUCCUUCAAAUUUUUCAUGAUGAUCUCUUUUGAGGGAUGAUCUUUGCCAGGAUUUAUUUAACAAGAAUGCUCUUACAGCAGCAUUCAGUCUCCCUUGCUUUGAGAUUAGAGCAAAAAAUGAGGAGGCGAUUAAUUCUAUGCCAAACAGGAUUUACUCACUAAAAGUUUUUUACUUCCUACUUUAUCGACGUUGACACUUUUUAUUUGUUUAUGAAUUGAUCUAGUACGCAUGUUAGUGACCAACGGAAAUACGUCUGUGGUGGCAGGCUAUACUUGUGUAUAAAUACAUGAAAAUUCAAGGGCCUCGAUUCCAGAGAAAUUACAUCAUUGCCAGAGUUCAAAAAGUGAUUUACGGGGCACGUCAUUUCAGUUUUCUUGGCAAAAAUAAACCGUGUGCUCAUUACAAGAGCCGUUUACAUAGAAUGAAAGUUUACAACACUCAACCAUUGCAGGUUAGCUAGUUAAGAUUCUUAUUUUUUUCAACCACUCAGUAGUGUUCACUUGUUCCAAAGCAAUCAACGCUUUGAAGCGAUAGAAUUCGUGGAUUGACAUGGUUUGGAAAAGCUCUAAAUUUAAUCGUUUUUAAGCUUUCUUCGCAAAACAUGCGUGGCUUCAAUCACGCAGCGAUUCUUAGUCCCAGUUUCCACGGUCUCAGCAAGGAACGCCUGGCACAAUGAUCCCCCUUUUGUGUCUUAAAUACGACAAAAAACGCGUUGCAGAUUACGAGUCUCACUGCUUACUCAAGCGAGACUAAUAAUGGGCGUUGCCAUCUUUUCCUUGGGUCAUAGAAUUAAGACUGAUAAUGGCAAUCCUACUGUCAUACAUCCCAGCCGUCCUAUUUUUCCUAUUUAUUUUAUAGGAUCCUAUAAAACUCCUAUAAUAGGCCAAAAACUCCUAUAUUUCCUAUAAAUACUGCUUAAGUUAUAAGUAAGAAAAUAAAGCGAGCGUGUCCAACAGGUCAGAUUGAGUUUGAAUUGAGUCUACUCUACCACAGGCUGUGUUAUGCUGUCACCUGUGGUUUGAUAUUAUUCUUGGACUGGAUUGAAUGAGACUGGGAGCAGUGUUACAAGGUAAGACCACUUCUGGAGAAAGAUUGAUAACCUGAAGGAAGUCAUGGGUGAAAAGAAAUUCCCAUCAAUCAUGAAGGUUGUGAAGACAGCCCUUAUUCUUGGACAUGGUAAUGCUGAGGUUGAAAGGGGAUUUCCAGAGAGUAGAAAAAGUGUAUCAGAUGACAGAGUUCGUCUAAGUGACGCGUCAAUCAAUGGCAUCCGUGCAACAACUGAUGGGCUGUAGGCUUUUAAAGGUCCUGGUUCUGUGCCAAUCACAAAGCAACUCCUUCAGCUGGGUCGUUCCGCUCAUGCUCAUUACGUUUUGCGUCUAGAUAAGGACAAGAAGGAGAAGGAAGAGGCCCAAAAGCAACUUACUCUUCAGAAAGAACAAGCAGCACAAUUGGAAGCACAGAAACCACAACUUGCCAAAGAAAAGAAAGACCUAAACAGCAAAGAGAAAGAGUUAGAAAGGCAAGAAACAGCUCAGCAAGAGUGCAUGAAAGUUGGGGAUACAAUCUUGAAGGAGGCAAAUGCAAAGUUGUGAGCUGCCGUGAGGAAUAAAGAUUUUAAAGAAGUGUCAGUUGCUCAAGCCAUGAUUGAAGCUGCAGAAAAGAAGAUCAGUAGUGCUAACAAAGCGAUGCAGCAGACAAGGGAGCAACAGCAGUCUGUUUCAAAACGAAAGCAGACCAUCAUAAACACCUUUCUGUCACAGCAAGUCAAGCCAAAAUUCAAGAAAACGUAAAUGAUAAGUUCAAGACUUGAAAAUGAUUAACAGACUUAUUGUACACUGUUGUAGUUUUGUUUGUACGCGAAGUUAAUAAGAUGUAAAUGGAAUGUGCUCCUACAUCUGUAUUCAGUUUUCAUGAGAAUUUACAUUUUUGAAGACGUCAGGUUCGAGGGCAUCUUCAUUUGAUAAGAAACUGCUAAAACAAUCUUAUUGCUGUUGUUAAAAACUUAUUUUUGCUGGGAGUUGAACAGAAAAAUGGAUGCAUCAAGCGAAGGUUUAUAGAACUUAUAUUUAAGUGUUUUCUUACUCAUUACAAAUAAGUUGCUCAUUGGAUACAUGACUAUUGUGUAUCUAACUAAUAUUUUAAACUUAUUGUGAGUGUUUCAGUUUUGAAAGUUUUAAGUGAUCACUGUGACCAUUGGAAAAAGCUGUUCAUAUUUGUAAACCGUCUAGUUAAUGAGUGAAUUGCAAAAACAUGUAUAUGCACAAAGUACAGUUGGAAAUAAAGUGAGACAUUUUCAAUAUCGUGGCAUCUGUGUGUACCUGAAAAUCAUCCUAUAAAACUCCUAUAUUUGGGAUUUAAAUCCUAUAAACCUCCUAUUUUUUUGCUCCUGUGAUCCUAUUUUUCCUAUAAUUUUUUUGGAAAAUGGCUGGGAUGUAUGUACUGUGUUAUCUGAUGUGGAAGCUUUUGGACUCUGGUUAAAACCUCUUGCAGUGAGGAAUUAGAUUGUGACAUCUUAGGUGGUCAUUUUUUAGCAGGGUUUAUACAGGUCAUGGAAAACCUGGAAACUCAUGGAAUUUAAGAACUUCAUUUCCAGGCCUGGAAAAUCAUGGAAUUUAAUUGUUGGUCCGGGAAAGUCAUGGAAAUUUAGGUUAUGUUUGAUAAAUUAGAUACUGCAGAUGUCAAAACAAGGAUAGUAUAACAUAAAGAUAGUAAUUAGACAGCCUGAACAGCACGCAUUUUAGUGGACAUGAUAGUUUGUGUCUGUUAAACUGUUUAAGGUCAAAAACUAUGCUAAAACAAGGAAAGUUGUCAAAAGUGACAGCCUAACAGUAGGUCAUGGAAAACUUGAAAAAGUCAUUGAAAUAGUCAUGGAAAGUCAUGGAAUUUGAAGAGGUCAAAGGAGUACAAAUCCUGUUUAGGCCGCAUUACUGUACCUGUUUUUCCUUUACUCUGUGAAGACAAGGCACUUAAUGAACUGGUUGCAUCAAUCAACAAGUGUGGAUAUUUUGAACGAUCUCAAGGUGAUGAAGAGGAGGAGGAGGAAGAGGAGGAAGAAGCUGCUGAAAAUGAGAACACUGAAGCUGAUCAAGAAGGAACUGGAGAUAAUGCCCAACAAACAGAAGUGAGUACUAACCAACAAUAAAUUUGUCUAUAAAAAAACAACACUUAUAACAGUGUAGAGUAAAAAUAUUGUCAAAAAUUAUUUGACAAUAAGUUGGGGAAUAGUCUGAGCAUUGUGUGAAAAGCAUUUUAAAAUCCCUUUAUGUUUGGCUGAACGUAUAAUUUUUGAGGCAAAGUUAAACUCCUCAGCUAUAGAUAGGGUUAGGUCUUAGUAUCAUGUGUGUGAUUGAUUGUAGUCUGGAACUCUUGAAAUCACUCAUUUUGGCAUUCGCUACUUGCAAUAACUAGAAAUCUGCUUGAAAUAAGAUAUCCCAGUGAUUGUAGUGUUUGGGAGGACCAAAAAGCACAAUACAAGAGAUUUGCAACAAAACUUUUGCAUAUUCUUAUUCCAGAAUACAAUCAAUACCCUGUAUGUUUCAGAACGAAUGGCCUUUUUAAAAAUAUGCUAUUACUUAUCUAGAUGGCAGAGGCAAAUAAUGGGCCAACAGAGACUCACUUUAAUGGAGAAAACACUGCAGCCCCUGGUGAAAAAGAAGGAGGUAAUGUUGCAACCGUUGCUUCCAAUGAACAUGGCCUGAAUUUCUUGAGUGAAUCGGAAGUAGAAUCUAAAGCAAAGGGUAUAGCCGAACCUUCAGCUCCCGCUGCAAAUCCGAGUGAAGGAGUCCCCCCUGAAAGUAGUGGAUUUGCUGCUCAGGGUGGAGAUGAAGGAUGGAUUGAACAGGGGGGUGAAGGAAAUGCUGGUGAACAAGGAGAUGACACAAGUAAGUGAACUGUUCUGUUUUAAAAUUUCCUUUUAGCCUUCCCUAUUAUAGUAUUAAUUUUUCUUUAUUAUGAAUCUUUAUGGUGUAAUCUAUCAAUGAAUAAAAUUGUAUGGUGCCUAAAUGGAUAGGUUGUGGUUCAGUUUUAUUCUUGGCUUAAAUUUUAUAUCCCUCUGUUUUAAACUCACUAUCAUAUGCUACCAUACCUCAAAACAAAAUUUUACCUGAAAUCCAGGAUGUCCAAAGUUUUGUUCAAAAUUAAUACUUGGUCAUGGCCUUUAAUUUUCCCUGGUUACAAAGUGUUUUUCAACAGAGAUGACUGUAUUAAAAGGGUUGAUCCAUUCUUUAUGGUCUCUUGUAGCUGCUCCAGCUACAACACUAAAAUGAUCAUCAAAUAAUUUAAGAUAGUUUUUGACCAGAGCAGAACUUGAACUCUCGCAAGUCCAGCUCACUGACUAUUGCGGUAGCCUGAGGAAGCAGUGGACAUUGGUUUCCUCACAAAAUGAAUUUAUCUGAAGAACGAGUGCAGAAAUUCCAUACUAAUGAUGUAUCACUGCUCAGAUUUGGGUAGUGCUUCUGACUGGUCUUGCUGCAGGGGAAAUUUGCUUCAACAAUUCCAAAGCACUACUAAUAUCUGGGUAGUGAUAAUAAAAUCAUAAAUUGUUAGUACAGAAUUUCUGCACUUGUCAUUUAAUGGUGAAACCAGUAGUAAGAUCAUGAAAUAUCAGCUGCUUUCUCAAGCUAACUAUGCAGCCACAAUUACCUCCUUUGAUGAACAGUGGUUUGGAUAUUUCUGAACACAAACAGACUUUUUUUUUUUUGAGGAAGCCAUAGGAGCUAGCUGAAGUAGGCAGUAGUUUAUGGUUGUCAUAUGUUGGUCGGUUCAAGCCUGAGUGCAGUUAAGUCUCCGUACUCUGCUAAACCUCCACAAAUGGUACCUUUUUAAUCCUACAGGUGGCUUUGAUGCUGUACAUCAUUCUAAUGGCUUUGGCUUCCCCCGGGGUGGACGCGGAGGCCGGGGUGGCUUCCGUAGAGGAGAUGGUUACAAUCGCCGUGGUGGCCCACCUGGAGAUAGAGGAAAUAGGCGAGGAGGCAGAGGGGGCUUUGGUGGACAAAGAGGAGGAAGAGAGGGGGGAUUUAAACAGCAACAGGUAAAAUUAGUAUAGGUAAUAGCAUGAUUUGUAGUGAUAUUUGGCAUAAAUACCACAAGUGAUGUUUCAAAAUUGUUACACGUAAUUUCACAGGCUGUUAGGCAAGUGAAAUUUGAAACAAUUUUGAAAUAUCAUGAGUGGUAUUUAUGCCAAAUGUCACGUACAAAUCAUGCUAUUAUUUGUUUAUACUACUACCCGCAAAAGGUUUGUAAUUUUCACAUGUAGGUAUUUCAAAUUAAGCAGAAAUGCCACUGCUCUAAGCCAAUCAAAUUGCAGAAAUUUAUCCUGUGGUAGUAUAAAUAUUGGAAAACUUUCACAAUAAUUUGAAACAAAAAAGACGUUGGUUUUGAUACUAAAUGACAUUUUUUGAUAGCCUGUUCCAGGCCUUUUUUUUUUUGUUCAUGAAUUUUUCUCCUGCACUCUACUUUCUGAACGCCUGGAACAGGCCAUGUUUCAACAGCUUAACUGUCAUCUUCAGUUUGAAAUUGUGAAAUACAAAGUAUGUCGAAUUGCAACGGUGAAAAAAAACUGUAACAACAUAAUAAAGGAACGUGAUAAUGUUUGACCAUAAAGAUAGUUUUAAAUGUACUUGGUGUUAUUGUUAAUAAUUGUUAUAUAGUUUUUUUCUCUUCCGCAAUUCAAAUUGAAGAGGACAGUAUCAGAAAUGUUGUUUUUCGUAAAAUUAUAACUCGUGUGCUACUAUCCAGACCCUUUGAUAAAGCUUUCUACUCCAUUUACUAGCAGACAGUAUCCUUUGACGUUAUGUUUCCUCACAGGAACCUCUGCAAUGUCAAAACUUUCCUCUUAUGGAAGCCACAGAGCACCCAAGACAACCACAGGCUACCAAGCAAUGUGGUGAAUGACAAAUUGUUUUUUGUUCCUUUUUUCAGGAUAAUUACCAAAGACGAGGAAACCGUGGAGGUCCACCCAGAGGUGGCCGUGGGGGUGACAGGGGAGGACAGCGUGGGCGUGGACCCCCUCAGCAGUAGCUUCUCGUUUACAACUAAAUUAAAAAGCAUAACUUCAGUGAGUUAGGAAGAUUUUGAUGGAGCUUUUGGCAUAAAGUUACAAGAACUGACCUAGUUACAAGCUUGAGGGCUUUUGUUGUAAGCCGUCUGCAUGCAGCAAGUGUGAAACUAUUUUACCUCCUGUUAAUAGUUCAGCAAGUGACCAAGCAAGAUCUUGCACUUCAUUUCUCCUUCCAGUGCACAGAACUUCAAUUACUUCAGAGAUCAACGUAUUAUUCUGUUGACCUUCGGACAAAGAUGCAUUGCCAAGUGUAUUGUGGAUGUUAUGUCGAGUGAUGAGAUGUUGUUUGACCGCGCAAGGAAGUUCGCAUGGGUGAAAAUGACUUGGGAGAUGCAGUCUGCAGUCCACAGUCCACAGUCCACGACCCGCCUCACCAGGGCAUGGGAUAAAUUAAUUAUAUUAAAGAGAUCCAGGCAUCAGCAACUUGCUACUGCAGGGAUGGACAUUUGUACGCCAUUGGUCUCUCUUGCAGCUGUUUUUUUGUUCUUCUUCUUCCUCUUUUUCUUUUUGUUUCCCUGGAACCCACAGUCUCAGUAGCAGCUGCAGGGGAGACAGACAUUUCAGUGAUAAUUGAUAUUUAUAUAUCACAAAACAGAGACAUUGACGCAUGCGUUGUAAUGUACUAGUCUGUCAUAAAAUAGAGCAGUUUCUUAACUGGCCAGCGUGAGAUUUUCUGUGAACGACUAAUUUAUUUUGUCAUACGGAAUCAGAUGGAAAAUACUUUCUUGUGGUGCCGUUGGUUGUGGUAGUAUUUGAUCUUGGUCACAGGAGUGUUUGCUGGCUGCUUGUUUGACUGACUCGCUUUAAAUGAUGGGCUAUUACAUUAGUAUAGCAAUUUGAUUCCAAAGUUGAAAACUAUUAAUUGUUUGUGGAGUCCAUUGUGUCCGGGUUGUGUUAAGUUGAAAGCAGAGGCCACGCAAAAGAGAUUUUCUACGAAUGAAAGUAUUGUAAUGUAAAAAGAAUAAAGCAGUUUGGUUAAUUAUUAUCGUCGAGUUUUUGAGUGGAUUUUAAAUGAGCAUAACGUCUGUCGAGC